UGAGCUGCCUUCAGGGGGCGGGACUGACCUAUCAGUUGCUGCUGGGGAGAGUUGGCCUCUGUUUUGGGGUGGGGAGGGCCCGUUAAGUGCCAUAACCAGACCACCCCCCAACCCCUACCCUGGCGGGAACGUGGAGGGGAGUGCAUGGCACCUACCCUGGGGUUCUUCUUGAGGAAGAGUCACCCGGGAAAGCCCAGAGACACGUUUCCCGCCCUGGACCCGGAACCACCUCCCCUCCGCUUACACACACCCAUGCAAACAGGCAGCCAUCGGAGUCAAGGGGGCCUGGACUUGCCCUUUGACUGGGGCCGGAGACUGUUUACUGAAGAGGGCUCCGGGUUGGGAGGGGGCGUGUCCGGCACAAGUUCCUUCUGGGCGAGUGGACGGAGACGUGGGUUUGGUGACGGUCCCGGGAAUGUAGCAACAGUCGAGUGUCCUGACCCUGUCACUAGUUCACUGUUUGACCUUGAACGUCUCAUAAUCUCCGGACAUAAAGUUUCUGGAUUUGUGGAAUGAAAGGGCUGGUCUAAAUGAUCCCUAAAAGUCUUUCCAACUUAAAAAAGUGAUUUGGUUAAGUGGAUCUUUAUGAUUUGGAAGGGAGUGGCUGCUGGAGGCUGCCUCUGAUUUGGAGGCCGUUGCAUGCCUGCUUUGUGUAAGUUUGCGAGGGCUUAAGAUGGGUAGAGUGGCCCUUUGACCUAAAUUUUUGGAAUUGCCUGGCUAAGAGGUAGCCAUGCAAGGUAGAUCGCAAACCUGUGUGCCCAGAGAGUGUGGAAUGCCUAUGCUGAGUCUGUGAAAAUUAGGGACACAUACUUGAUAGGAAUGUUUCAGGACCAAACUGACUUUAUGUAAACAUGGAGAGAGAAGAAGAGACGCGGUAGGCAGAGUUGCCAAAGAAAACUUGGGAAAUACAUCAGUUGACUGAAGUGGAAGGGGAAAAUAUUUAAAAUAGAACACACCUAAGUUGUUACAGUGAUAUCUGAUCAUUGUUCAGCAAGCCACCAUCUUUGCGUAAAUUUUUGCUUCAUUUGAUCCUCACAACAACUCUUUGAGUCUUUGGAGGAUUGUCCUCUGGAUGAAGAUGAAGAUGCAUUUCAGGGCCUGGGAGAGGAAGAUGAAGAGAUUGAUCAAUUUAAUGAUGAUACAUUUGGGUCAGGUGCAGUUGAUGAUGAUUGGCAGGAAGCACAUGAGCGCCUGGCUGAACUGGAAGAGAAGCUCCCAGCGGCCGUUAAUGAACAAACAGGCAAUGGAGAAAGGGAUGAGAUGGACUUGUUGGGUGACCAUGAGGAGAAUCUGGCAGAAAGGCUCAGUAAGAUGGUGAUUGAAAAUGAACUAGAAGAUCCAGCUAUCAUGACGGCUGUGCAGACCAGGCCAGUUUUGCAACCCCAACCAGGAAGUCUCAAUUCCAGCAUCUGGGAUGGAUCUGAAGUUCUGAGGCGAAUCCGAGGACCGCUGCUUGCUCAGGAAAUGCCUGCAGUGUCUGUAUUAGAAUAUGCCUUGCCUCAGAGGACCCCACAGGCCCCUGAAGACGAUCGGGACCUUUCUGAGCGUGCAUUACCACGGCGGUCAACGUCACCUGUCAUUGGGAGUCCUCCUGUUAGAGCUGUCCCCAUAGGCACCCCACCCAAGCAGAUGGCUGUACCCAGCUUCAACCAGCAGCCUGUGCAGUCCUGUUCCAUAGACUUUCCUCCACCUGAAACCAGCAGCUGCCAAGGAAGGCCAAUUUGGAAGAUUCUGUGCCCGAAACCUGUCCAUGUUCGGCCCCCAAUGCCACCGCGUUAUCCUGCUCCCUAUGGUGAGAGGAUGUCUCCAAACCAGCUCUGCAGUGUCCCGAACUCUUCCCUACUGGGUCACCCUUUCCCUCCUAGUGUUCCUCCUGUUCUCAGCCCCCUCCAGAGAGCACAGCUUCUUGGAGGAGCACAGCUGCAGCCUGGACGGAUGUCUCCCAGCCAGUUUGCACGGGUCCCUGGAUUUGUUGGCAGUCCACUUGCUGCUGCCAUGAAUCCCAAGUUGCUGCAAGGGCGAGUUGGGCAGAUGCUUCCCCCCGCACCAGGCUUCCGUGCCUUCUUUAGUGCUCCACCCCCCGCUACCCCACCUCCUCCACAGCAGCACCCCCCUGGCCCAGGACCUCACCUGCAAAACCUAAGAUCUCAGGCCCCAAUGUUUAGACCAGACACAACUCACCUUCAUCCACAGCACCGUCGACUCUUGCAUCAGAGACAACAGCAGAACAGAAAUCAGCAUCGGAACCUCAAUGGUGCGGGAGAUAGAGGAAGUCACCGGAGCAGUCAUCACGAUCAUCUCCGGAAGGAUCCAUAUGCCAAUCUCAUGUUGCAGCGAGAAAAGGAUUGGGUCUCUAAAAUCCAGAUGAUGCAGCUGCAAAGCACUGAUCCCUACCUGGAUGAUUUUUAUUACCAGAAUUACUUUGAAAAACUGGAGAAACUGUCAGCUGCUGAAGAAGUGCAAGGUGAUGGCCCUAAAAAGGAGCGCACCAAGCUCAUUACCCCUCAGGUGGCCAAACUGGAGCACACCUAUAAGCCAGUGCAGUUUGAGGGCUCUUUGGGAAAGCUGACUGUCUCCAGUGUGAAUAAUCCCCGAAAAAUGAUUGAUGCUGUUGUGACAUCUCGGAGUGAAGAUGAUGAGACAAAGGAAAAACAGGUUCGGGACAAGAGACGAAAAACCCUUGUCAUAAUUGAGAAAACCUAUAGUUUACUCCUGGAUGUGGAGGAUUAUGAAAGGCGGUAUCUCCUAAGUCUAGAAGAAGAGCGACCAGCCCUGAUGGAAGAAAGAAAACACAAAAUUUGCAGCAUGUAUGACAACUUAAGGGGGAAAUUGCCCGGUCAAGAGAGGCCAAGUGAUGACCACUUUGUACAGAUCAUGUGUAUCCGAAAAGGGAAGAGAAUGGUUGCCCGCAUUCUUCCUUUCCUCUCCACAGAGCAAGCAGCUGACAUUCUCAUGACAACAGCUAGGAGCCUCCCUUUCCUCAUCAAGAAGGAUGCACAAGAUGAGGUGCUGCCAUGCUUACUGAGUCCCUUCUCUCUCCUCGUCUAUCAUCUUCCAUCAGUGACUGUCACCAGCCUUCUGCAACAGCUGAUGAACCUACCUCAGAGCGCAGCUGCACCAGCACCCUCUAAUCCCCACCUCACUGCUGUGCUCCAGAACAAGUUUGGCCUGUCACUGCUCCUCGUCGUGCUGAGCCGUGGGGAAGACCUACAGAGUUCAGACCCUGCUGCAGAAUCAACGCAAAACAACCAGUGGACGGAGGUGAUGUUCACAGCAACCCAAGAACUUCUGCGCAUCCCCCAGGCAGCCCUGGCCAAGCCACUCUCUAUACCCACAAACCUAGUAUCCCUCUUUUCUCGCUAUGUUGACCGACAGAAACUGAACUUGCUGGAGACAAAACUGCAGCUAGUUCAGGGGAUACGAUAAAAGAUCUCCAAUUGUGUCCUGUACCUACUUUUGGCUGCCACCUGCACUGCUGCCAUCACCAAUGGAGUGUUUUUAAUGAGGGAGGGAAGGUAGCUUAUUCCCCAAAGCAUUUUGUGGGACUGAUUCCUGUUCACAGGGGUUGUCUCUAAAUGCCAGGUAUUUCCCCACUGCUCUGUGAAAUUUGGCUGGGUGAUACUUCUGCUGGUUUCUUCUUACCUUCUGUGUUACAAUUCUGCAUGUCCUACUUUUACUCAAUUCUCAAUUUUGCAUUUUCUUUGCCCUAGAGACACAAAUAGAAUCUCUCCCUUUAUCCCACCACCACUAUUCCAGUUCAGAGUAGAUUGUAGUCUGCCAAAGGAUUCCUUCCCUCAUCCUACUGAAGUCUUUUUUCAUUGCCCCAUAUUAAUAUGACUAUAGGAGAGCCAAUUAAGUAGAAACGAAUAUACGUGUAUGCCUGCACACACACCCCUCUACAUAUGUUGAUGUGGUCUCCAGAGGAUCCGUAAAGAAUGAGUUUUAGAUUGAGAAGUAUUUAGUUGACACAUCCUUCCUCUAAACACAAACCAGCUGAUGUAUUUUUAAUCUGUUUCUAGUCCAUCUUGUAAUUAACUUGGUGGGUUCGACUUAUUUUAAUAUAAAUAGAGGGUAUGCAGCACAUUUAAUAAAAUCAGAACUCUUAAUUGGCUGAUGCCCAA